CCCGACGUGUCCCCUCUCCCUUUCGCUUCGCUCCCACUUCUCCCCUCCCUUCCAACCCAAACCCAUCUCACAACAACAGCUCGUCCGUCGCCCCCCCUCGUGUUCGCCACUGGACACGACCGCAAACCCUAGGCGCCGCCGCCCUCCGAGGCCCCCAGGGGUAGUAAACGAGGAGGAGGAGGAGAUCGGAAGGGUAGUGGAUUUAUGUCCCAGCGAGGGGACAGGGGCGAGGGGCACGCGAGGAGACCCGGCCGGUCUAGCAGCUUCAGCGGCCACCGUGGAGGCGGAGUCGGUGGCGCGGGCAAGGGCGGCGGGGGCCCCUCAGGCGGGCAGCCUCCCCUCUCAUCCAGCCGCAGCUUCAGGAAGCCUGGCAAUGGCCACGGUGGUCACCAGAGGGUGGUGAACCAGCCAGACACCACUGGUUUCCAGCCUGCACCGGCACCCGGGCCCCUGCAGACGCCGCCGCCGCGACCUCCUGUGCCUCAGAAUGUACCUGUGCAUGUUCCGGUCUCCGCACCACGGCCCCAGAAUCAUGAUUCAUCCGGAGUGCAAGCUCCCUCGCCGUCACCUGCUAGCGAGAAUCCAGUGUAUAUACCCCUGCCAAAAAAUAUCCCUCGUGCUGCCCCCAAGGCACCAUCAAAGAGCUCCAAUGCACCGGCUCCUCAGGGAGCACCGAAAGGGGAAUCAUCAAAAGGAUUUAACUUGCAGUUUGGUAGCAUAAACAUGAACGGUCUACCGCAAUUUCCUGCCAGGACAACCUCAGCUCCUCCGAAUUUGGAUGAGCAGAAGCGUAAUCAGGUACUUCCAGAGGGACUUAAGGUUGCACCUUCUAUGCCUGUACCACCAGCCGUGAAACAGCCGCAUCCCCUGCCACAGCAGCAGCAACCCGUGCCACAGCAGCAGCAGCCCACGCCACAGAAGCAGCAGCAGCUGCUGCCCAUGCCACAGCAUCAGCAUCAGCCCUCAACACAGCAGCAGCAGCUGCUACAACAACAGCAAACAAGAAAGGAUGCUCUUGGUCCCAGUCAGUCAAACACCGUGAGCACUCAUGUUCCAUCCCAAGUGAAGAGGGAUGUGCAUGUUUCUCCAUCCAUUCCAAAUGUUACACCACUGAGACCCACUGUUCAGUCUUUACCUGGGAUGCCCAUGCACUUCCACCCUCAACAACCACAAGGCCCCUUGCAGUUUGGUGGUCACAAUCAGGGUGUGGUGCCUAGCUCAAUGCAGAUGUCCAUGGGAUUGCCUGGUGGCAAUGUAUCCCAGGUUCAGCAGCAGAUGUAUGUCCAGAAUCUACAGCAGCAUCAAUUACAGCAAAUGAUGCAUCAAGGACAACCUAUGAUGUAUCCUGGCCAACUCCAACCCCAAUUGACCAAUGUUGGUUUGAACAUGGCUCAACAGUAUCCUCAGCAGCACCAGAAUAAGCUUGUUGCUCCUCGGAGGAGUGGUGUCAAAAUUAUUGAUCCACAUACUAACAAAGAAGUGGUUUUGCAUAAUAAGCCUGUUCAGAGGCCGCCAUCUAAUGUAGCAACACAAUCCCAGCAAGCCAGUGGUUUUGCAGCUCCACAUAUGGGCUACUAUCCUUCUCCACAGCAGUCCUAUAACCAGUCGGGUAUGUAUUAUCCUAGCACCACUGGUGUCAGCCAGCUUCCCACUGGAUCACAGGCUCCCAGGUUUACUUAUCCUGCCACACAAGCUGGGCAACCUAUUGCUUUCAUGAACCCAUCUAUGUCGAAUACACUCCCCGCCAGUCACAAGGACAACACAGCAGCGCCUGCAGCAUCUGGCCAGUCACAUAUCACAGGUAAACUGCACCAGGGUGGUUUGCACAUGGAGAAAUCUAUCCCUUCUGUCAAGAUAAGUACACCGCCAGUUAAACCUGACACACCUAAGUUAAGGGUGACUGAGCAUGCGACACCGCAUCAACAAAAGGAUAAUGAAGUUCUUUCUGGGAUUGUGGUUUCGAAUAAAUCUAAUGAGAAGGAGAGUAAAGCACCAUCUGCCACAGAAAAGCAUUCCACUGCGGUGACUCAACCUUUGUUGAUUCAAGCUACAAAAUUAGAAACUGAUGCAGUGACAUCUCCUGUUGCAAAUUCACCCUCAUUUUUGUCUGGAGCUGAUAGAAAGAACAAAGAAGUUAUUCAGAGAGCUGAUUCAGUUAAGGAGAGCAAGAAAAAUGCCUCCAGAAAAGACAGCAAGAAUUCGCCGCAACAUCCUCAUUCAGUUUCGCCUGCUGAAGAGCUGAAGGUGCAAUCUUCUAUGAAGUUUGGAGAUGUGGUUGGUCCCAAGGAAGCAAAUAGCUUCAAUAGCAACAAUGAGUUGAAUUUAACCAGCACAGCUUCAAACUUAACAGCCGUGUCAUCUGAAAGUAGGGUUUCUCCAGUGGUUGAUGCGAGUGAAGCUAACAGCACAUCAAUAAAUGCUUCUGAUGAUCCUAGCACGGAUAUCAGGUCUGCAAAAUUGUCCUCCGAGAGCACUGGGGAAGUUGUUGCUGCUGCUGAAUCUGGGAGUGAUAUCACUCAGAAAACUUCACCAGAAUCUAGCGGUGACAAAAUUUCUUCCAAGUGUGCUGAAAAUGAAUCAGUUCAAACAUGCACAAUGGACUUGGUCCAACAGACAUCAGUGGAACCUCCCAAACCUGAUAAUUCAGACGCGACAGCUUGUGUAACUGACCACGAAGAGCUACAGAAAGAUUCCACACCAUCUAUACCGGACGAACAAAGUAUAGUGAAUAGAUCACAUGGGAAUACUGAAGUUUCGCCAGCUUUUGUUGAUGGCAAUGCUCCGUCUGCAGCUGAUUCUGCAACUUCAUCAGAGUCUACCAUUCACAUUAGCAAUGAUAAAGAUGACAUGAGUAUUCAGGAUGCAGGAUCAGCCAUUUCCAGUAUUACUCCUAGCAUGUUACCUGUGGAUCACUCAGUUACAUCUGAGGGGCAAGGGGAACAUGCAGAUGCAGUGAAGGAUCAGUCAAGUGUUGAUCAAUCAAGUGCUGCACCAACAGGUUCCAUCCAACCCUUAUCAAGGGAAAAACCUACUGCGGAGCUUACUCGAACAAAGUCUUCAUCUGGGAAAAAGAAGAAACGGAAAGAAAUGCUUUCAAAAGCUGAUGCUGCCGGGACUUCUGAUCUUUAUAAUGCAUACAAGGGACCAGAAGAACAAUCAGAAAGUAGUGCCACAGCAGAGGGUGCUGAUAGUUCUUCAAUGGUUGAUGGAACAGAUGUCCUGCCUGAGGAUUCAGAAAGGGAGGUCAGUGCUCGUGAGGAUGAUGGAAAGAAAAAAGUCGAGCCUGAUGAUUGGGAAGAUGCAGCAGACAUGUCUACUCCAAAGCUGCAUAGCUCGGGGUCUGGAAACCAGGCCAGUGUAGUGCAAGUGCCAGAUUCAGAUACAAAUGAAGCUAAUGGCCGAAAGAAGUAUUCGCGUGAUUUUCUGCUAACCUUUGCACAUCAGUAUCCUGGUCUCCCUGUUGGCAUCCGGAUGGAUAAUGUCACUAGUUCUCUAUUCAAAGAUUUGGUAGGAAAGUCCUAUGUUAUUGAUCGUGAACCUCACCCGAGUCCUGGACGGGGGUCUGAUAGACCAACAUCUCGUGGCGAUCGCCGUGGUGCUGCUAUGGAUGAUGAUAAGUGGACAAAGUUAGGCGUUCCUUUCAGUCCUGGUCGUGAUGCCCACAUGGAUUUGACAAACGGUCCGGCAGUUAUGAAUUACCGUGGCGCCCCUGGAGUCAAUCAUGGUGUUUUGAGGAAUCCACGCGGUGGACUUCUUGUGGGACCAAUGCAAUCCAUUGCACCUCAAAUACCUCGCAGUGGCUCAGAUGCAGAUAGAUGGCAGCAAAAGGGUCUGAUGCCAUCUCCUGUUACGCCAAUGCAAAUAAUGCACAAGGCAGAGAAAAAGUACGUUGUUGGCAAAGUUUCUGAUGAGGAGCAGGCAAAGCAGCGGCAGUUGAAAGCCAUCCUUAAUAAAUUGACCCCACAGAACUUUGACAAACUUUUUGAAAGUGUGAAAGAAGUGAACAUCGACAAUGUGGCAACUCUUACUGGGGUUAUUUCACAGAUAUUUGACAAAGCUUUGAUGGAACCAACUUUCUGUGAAAUGUAUGCGAACUUCUGUUUCCAUUUGGCUGGUGCACUGCCAGACUUCAGUGAGGACAAUGAAAAAAUUACAUUCAAGAGAUUACUGUUGAACAAAUGCCAAGAGGAGUUCGAGAGGGGCGAAAGAGAAGAGGCUGAAGCAGAUAAAACAGAGGAGGAAGGUGAGGUUAAGCAAACUAAAGAGGAAAGGGAAGAAAAAAGAGUUCGUGCUCGAAGGCGCAUGCUGGGGAACAUUAGGUUGAUCGGAGAAUUGUACAAAAAGAGGAUGUUGACUGAGCGCAUCAUGCAUGAAUGCAUUAAGAAGUUGCUGGGUGGUGAUUUUGAGACCCUAGAUGAGGAAAACAUAGAAGCACUAUGCAAAUUGAUGAGCACAAUCGGAGAGAUGAUAGAUCAUGCAAAGGCUAAGGAACAUAUGGACGCAUAUUUUGAAAGAAUGCGUAGCUUGUCAACAAAUCAGCUGAUAUCUUCCCGUGUUAGAUUCCUGCUGAGAGAUUCAAUUGAUCUCAGGAAGAACAGAUGGCAGCAAAGGCGUAAAGUGGAAGGCCCUAAGAAGAUCGAUGAGGUUCACAGGGAUGCCGCUCAAGAAAGACAUGCUCAGUCGAGUAGGUUAGCUCGUGGUCCAGUUGCUAGUUCUGCUCCAAGAAGAGGGGCACCCCCUAUGGAUUACGGCUCUCGUGGCUCAGGACCCGCAUUGGUAUCUCCAGGUUCUCAGCAAGCUGGCAGUCGAGGAAUGUCUUCACACUCCCAUGGAUUUGGUCAUCAGGAUAUCCGGUUUGAGCAGGAGAGGCAUCAGUUCGAUGGUAGAACUGUCCCCCUUCCACAGCGUUCUGUCAAGGACGAAAUCACUCUUGGACCACAAGGUGGCCUAGCUAGGGGUAUGUCCUUAAGAGGGCAGCCACCUCUAUCAAAUGUUGAGCUUCCUAGUGUUGACAAUCGCAGGGUGGUAGCUGGUGCUAACGGGUAUAAUUCUGUGGCUUCGACUCCAAGAGAGGACACUAGCUCAAGGAUUCCAGAUCGAAUUUCUGGGAGAACAGCACCUGCUACACAAUCUGCUGGGUCUUCACACAGACUUGCCAGCCAGGAGGGCCGCACAGGAAAUAAAUCAUACUCUGAGGAUGAUUUGAGAGAAAAAUCUAUUGCAGCCAUCCGGGAAUAUUACAGUGCAAAAGAUGAGAAGGAGGUUGCGUUGUGUAUUGAGGAGUUGAAUGCUCCGAGUUUCUAUCCUACUGUUGUAUCACUUUGGGUAAAUGAUUCCUUUGAAAGAAAAGAUAUGGAAAGAGAGUUGUUGGCAAAGCUCUUUGUUGGCCUUUACAGCGGUGGAUAUAAUUUGUUAAGCAAGCCUCAACUUAUUGAGGGCAUUUCAUCUGUUCUUGGUUCAUUGGAAGACGCUCUAAGUGAUUCUCCAAGAGCCUCAGAGUAUCUUGGACGACUUCUUGCAAGGUUUGUUCUGGAAAAGAUAUUGCUUUUGCAAGAUGUAGGUAGAUUGAUUGAAGAAGGCGGAGAGGAACCUGGAUAUCUUGUGCGGGAAGGCAUUGCAGCUGAUAUCCUUGGAGCAGUUCUGGAGUCCAUCAAAGUAGAGAAGGGGGAUGCCGUCUUGAAUGAGGCCAAGUCAAGCUCCAAUCUCAAGUUGGAGGAUUUCAGACCACAGCAUCUUAAGAGAUCAAAGUUGGAUGCCUUCAUGUAGACAGAGUUGUUACUAGGUAAGUCAUUCUAGUACAGGUGUUUCUAGAAUAGCAUAUCAGUUAAGAGAUGUCCGUCGUUCCAAAACUCUUAUAGAAUGUUCAGUUACAUGCAUCGUGAUGUCAAAUCACAAAGUUUUGACUUAAUCUCUUGAUCAAACAGCUUAACAAUUCAUGGGUGUUGGCGCCAAGGAAGUUAUAUGUUUUUGCACCCAGCAGCCUUUUUGAUCGAACAACUGCAAAUACCCAUCGGAUGCUGCCCUAUCUCUGCUAUUUUACAGGACCCUUGUAUUCAAGGAGGUCGUUCUGUGAAGAUGAUGUUAUUCCAUUCUGUUCAGACUUGUUAGUGGUGGUAACUUAUUGUUGCGGACGGGCAUUGGCUGUCAGUUGGCAGCUAGGUGCCAUUUCGAGUUGGCUCCCAUGAGUAUCUGGGAAUAUUUUUGUGAUUACGGGGGUAGAGGUUAGCUAACCGAUGUUUGCCGGGAGUAGGAGGAACUGUAGGUUCUACUUGAUGCCUCCCGUGGCUUCUGGCCAAUAUUCCUUUGUGAUCAGACUUAAUAGUCGUUUAACUUGGCGGCAUUUCCCUCAUAGCGAGACUGCUAUCUGUUCAUAUU